AAUUAUUAAUCUCGCACCAGACAAUUCAAACAUUGUACAGAGAUAAUUUAUUACUUCUUACAUAAUUGCUAAUUAAAUUAGCGAUCUUUAAAAGCAAGUUUUCAAAAUGUUUAUUUGUUUGUGGCUUACAAAUUGUAAGCUUUACAAUGUAAAGCUGCCUUACUAACAAGGCAGCUUUUAAGGCGCCACCAAAGAGUUGAAAGAGCCGCUAAAAUGGUUUUACCUCCAUCUGGUGGAAUUAUUUGUUGAUUAUCGAUUUUGUUUUGAACAUUUCAACUGAUUUCUAGGGAAGAUUUUUGCUAUUUUAUUUGAUAUCUACUGAUUUUUUUCAAUGCAUAUGAAAAUAGCAUUUGUUUUUUGCAAAUUACUGAUUUAAAUGUAAAGGGUAUAGCUCGAUUUUUCGUUAUAAAUGAUGAAAAGCUGAGAUUAUUCAAUUUCUACCAAUGAAAACUAGACCAUUUGUGUGAUUUAAUAUUCUGGUCAAACGCUCAACAGUACUUGUCUUGUUUUUGUUGACAUUUUGUAACAAAAAUGUCUAAAGUAAAUCAUCUCAGUAAUGGUAAAAGUAUCAUGAUUCUGGGUACCGUCGUUGGGUGCUUGUCGCUUCUCUGGCCCAAAGUUUUUUAUCCAAUGAUGCAAGGAGGAUUUCAUGAAAAUAACCCAGAUGCAAAUAUGAAAGCCAAAAUUCAUCCAAGAAUGAAAGCAACUGGAACGACGGCCAACAACCAUCAGCCAGAUUUUAAUGGACCAAACACGCGUUAUCACAGUAAUGAGCAAAGCUCAGUCAGUGGUGCUUCAGUUGGCAUAAUCAUGACAGUUUACACAGUUGGAAUAAUACUUUUAUUCAUCUAUACCAUUUUUAAAUACAUGAGUGCAGAUAACUCCAUAGACAUGAUGGAGGAAUACAAUCAAAGACAGUUGGUCAAAAAUUCUGAUCAAGAUUCUAAAGCCAAAGAAAAAAAAGGAAAAGCGUCUUUCAAUGAAUAUAAUCACGAGCAAGGGGAAUGCUUGAAAGGAUUGGCAUUAAAUUAUGUACGAUGUAAACAGAAGCUCGACCCAGAAGAAAAAAAGGCGCCAGAAACGGAAGACGAUGUUUCUUCGGCCUAUAGAGUUUUACUCGGUGAUAUGCUUGAAUUACGUGAUUAUUUAUUAGAGCUUCAAUGUACAGGCAGCUGCCAAGAUUGCGAUUCACAGUGUGCCGAUUGUGAGAUUUGCCAAAAUGAAGCAAAUGAAGCUUCAAAACUUUCUAAUUCAACAUCAACAUUGGAUAUCGAUGAGAAUCAAGGCACACACGAUGAAAAUGAUGACAGUUUUUCAGAGCAACUUGAAAAUGUAAAUGACGACUUGAAAGAAAGCGACGAUCAAAGUGACAGGACAAUUGACGAGUCUGAUUCCGAUGGUGAUAUUUGUCAAACAAACGAGGAAGAUGUUGAAGAAUGAAUGAUUAUAAAUAUGUAUCAAUAUGUCUCAUCAAUAGUUAAGUAAUUGUUUUUUAUAAUUUAAUAAAAAUUUUGUUCUCUCAUCUGUGAGAUUGGAAAGAAAA